GUGACAGCACUAACUCAUGGUCCAUUUUGGGCUCCAUCCCUGUGUCCCAGCUGGUGAAGACGGCAGAACUGGACCCUCGGCAGAACUACCUAAUGGGAUUUCAUCCCCAUGGAGUCCUGGCAGCAGGAGCCUUUCUCAAUUUCUGCACAGAGGCGUCGGGCUUUUCCACUCUCUUCCCGGGCAUCACCCCACACCUGAUGAUGCUCUCCCUGUGGUUUCGCAUCCCGUUCUUCAGGGACUACUUGAUGAGCGGAGGCCUUGUCCCCUCCGACAAGGAGAGCGCAUCCCAUGUGCUGCAGAAGCCAGAGGGUGGGAAUGCGCUGGUCAUCAUCGUCGGUGGGGCGCAGGAGGCCCUGGAUGCCCGGCCAGGAUCCUACACCUUGCUGCUGAGGAACAGGAAGGGAUUUGUCCGCCUGGCCAUCGAGCACGGCACCCCGCUGGUCCCCAUCUUUUCCUUCGGGGAGAACGACCUCUUCGAGCAGGUGAGAAACCCCAAGGGCUCCUGGCUGCGGCAGCUCCAGCACCGGCUCCAGCAGAUCAUGGGCAUCUCCCUUCCCCUCUUCCACGCGCGAGGCAUCUUCCAGUACAGCUUCGGGCUGGUACCCUACCGGCGGCCCAUCUGCACCGUGGUUGGGAAGCCGAUUCCAGUGCAGAGGAAGCACAGACCCUCCGAGGAAGAGGUUGAUCAAGUCCAUCAGAAAUACCUAAAGGAAUUGUGCAAGCUCUUUGAGGAGCACAAAGCUAAAUAUAACAUCCCAGAAGACAGACACCUGGAAUUUAUAUAG